UGAAAAAUUAAGUGUGAUGCUUACCGUAACAUCACCUGCCGUAAGAAACAGUCUAAACGCAAUAAAACGCAUACAUAUUAAACUGAAUAGGAACAUUAGCAAGAAAGAUUUAACAAUUUUACGACAUGGCUGCGUUCAUGGACCGAGCUUGUCAAUCUUACAUGCUGAAACGAAUGGUAGACGACAGCAAGCUCGAGACGAGAGCCGACGCAAUGAUCCGAGCACGAUCAGAGAAGGCCGAGCUGAAGCUAGCCGAGUCAUACAAAAGUCAGAAUGACAAAGAGCUAGACGAGACAUUUGAUGCAUCUGUGGCAAAACUGACUACGUACAAGGCAGAGACAGAGGGCGUGGACUGUACAGCAGAGUGUCUGAAGAGCAUCGACCCCCUGUUCAGAAGCGACAAUCGAAGGGUGAUCAACCGACUGGAGAUAUUCAAGUUCAGAUGCGACAAAAGACCCGACAGAACACACUGCAUAUACAGUAAACUGAAGCCAAAGUUCAACCACGUUAAAGAGAACGAAGUAAAAAACUGAAUUUCAGUGUCUAAAUUACUUUUUUGCUUCAAGCAAGAUGAUCAGUUAAUUUAUUCAACAAAAAAGUAUAGGAAAAAUAAAUAAUGCUUGCAGUACUGAAAACAGUUGAACAGCUGGAAAAGCGUCAAUGAACGCAGGGAAACAAAACUUGUAUUUUGAAAAAAAAACUUUCGAAUUUCUGUGCAAAUUCGAAGAGAUGUGAGGGCAAAUAAUUUCAAAACU